AGGAGAGGAGCCGAGCGCCCUCCGCCCGAGGCGCCCUCCCUGCGUACGCGCACAGGCGCCGUCUCUUGGAGGAGCAAGGUGCCUCCCAGCCCGCAAGGGCGCAGUGCACAAGCCUGUGGUCUCCUCGGUGGCUUUGCCCCGGCAGUGCACCUGAGGCGGCCCCGGACGGGGAUGGUAAGCGGCUGCCGCCGUCUGGCAAGCAAGCGGGACGCGGCGAGGGCACCAUGGUGCUGAUGGCCCGGAGGGGGCCCUCAGCGGGGCUCGUCCGGCCAGAGCUCUGGCUGCUGCUGUGGGCAGCUGCGUGGCGCCUGGAUGCCACGGCGUGCCCCGCCCUCUGCACCUGCACUGGCACCACGGUGGACUGCCACGGCACGGGGCUACAGGCCAUCCCCAAGAGCAUCCCACGGAGCACGGAGCGCCUGGAACUCAAUGGCAACAACAUCACUCGGAUCCAUAAGAAUGACUUUGUGGGGCUCAAGCAUCUGCGGGUGCUGCAGCUGAUGGAGAAUCAGAUUGGAGUGGUGGAGCGGGGGGCUUUCGAUGACAUGAAGGAGCUGGAGAGGCUACGACUGAACCGGAACCAAAUGCACAUGUUACCGGAACUGCUGUUCCAGAAUAACCAGGCUUUGUCGAGACUGGACCUGAGUGAGAACGCCAUCCAAGCCAUCCCCAGGAAAGCCUUCCGGGGAGCAACGGACCUCAAAAAUUUACAGCUGGACAAGAACCAGAUCAGCUGCAUCGAGGAAGGGGCUUUCCGGGCUCUGCGGGGGCUGGAGGUGCUAACCCUGAACAACAACAACAUCACCACCAUUCCCGUGUCCAGCUUCAACCACAUGCCCAAGCUUCGGACCUUCCGCCUGCACUCCAAUCACCUGUUCUGUGACUGUCACCUGGCCUGGCUCUCACAGUGGCUGAGGCAACGGCCAACCAUCGGGCUCUUCACCCAGUGCUCGGGCCCCCCCAGCCUGCGGGGUCUCAAUGUGGCCGAGGUCCAGAAGAGUGAGUUCAGCUGUUCAGGCCAGGGAGAGGCAGGGCGUGUGCCUGCCUGCACCCUCUCCUCCGGCUCCUGCCCAGCCAUGUGCACCUGCAGCAACGGCAUUGUGGACUGCCGCGGCAAAGGCCUCACUGCCAUCCCUGCCAACCUGCCUGAGACCAUGACGGAGAUCCGCCUGGAGCUCAAUGGGAUCAAGUCCAUCCCCCCAGGUGCCUUUUCUCCCUACCGAAAGCUCCGGAGGAUAGACCUGAGCAACAACCAGAUCGCAGAGAUAGCGCCCGAUGCUUUCCAAGGCCUCCGCUCCCUGAACUCACUGCAUCUGGCCCAGAACCCUUUCAUCUGCGACUGUAACCUCAAGUGGCUGGCGGAUUUCCUACGCACUAACCCCAUUGAGACAAGCGGGGCCCGCUGUGCCAGCCCCCGACGCCUCGCCAACAAGCGCAUUGGGCAGAUCAAAAGCAAGAAGUUCCGGUGCUCAGCCAAGGAGCAGUAUUUCAUCCCAGGCACGGAGGAUUACCAGCUGAACAGCGAGUGCAACAAUGAUGUGGUCUGUCCACACAAGUGCCGCUGCGAGGCCAGCGUGGUGGAGUGCUCCAACCUGAAGCUCACCAAGACCCCUGAACGCAUCCCCCAGUCCACGGCCGAGUUACGUUUGAACAACAAUGAAAUUUCCAUCCUGGAGGCCACUGGGAUGUUUAAAAAACUUACACAUCUGAAGAAAAUUAACCUGAGCAACAACAAGGUGUCAGAAAUCGAAGACGGGGCCUUUGAGGGCGCAGCCUCCGUGAGCGAGCUGCACCUGACCGCUAACCAGCUGGAAUCUAUCCGGAGUGGCAUGUUCCGGGGUCUAGAUGGCUUGAGGACCCUGAUGCUGAGGAACAACCGGGUCAGCUGCAUCCACAAUGACAGCUUCACGGGUCUGCGCAACGUCCGGCUCCUCUCACUGUACGACAACCAGAUCACCACCAUCUCCCCCGGAGCCUUCGACACCCUCCAGUCCCUCUCCACGCUAAACCUGCUGGCCAACCCUUUCAACUGUAACUGCCAGCUGGCCUGGCUUGGUGACUGGCUAAGGAAGAGGAAGAUCGUGACGGGGAACCCACGGUGCCAGAACCCCGACUUCUUGCGGCAGAUCCCCCUGCAGGACGUGGCCUUCCCAGACUUCAGGUGUGAGGAAGGUCAAGAGGAAGGGGGCUGCCUGCCCCGCCCUCAGUGCCCCCAGGAGUGCACUUGCCUGGACACCGUGGUCCGAUGCAGCAACAAACACCUCCGGGCUCUGCCCAAAGGCAUCCCCAAGAACGUCACGGAGCUCUAUUUGGAUGGGAAUCAGUUCAUACUCGUCCCAGGACAGCUGUCCACCUUCAAGUACCUACAACUUGUGGACCUGAGUAACAACAAGAUCAGUUCCUUAAGCAAUUCCUCCUUCACCAACAUGAGCCAGCUGACCACUCUGAUCCUCAGCUACAACGCCCUCCAGUGCAUCCCCCCACUGGCCUUCCAGGGGCUCCGCUCCCUGCGCCUGCUGUCCCUCCACGGCAAUGACAUCUCCACCCUCCAAGAGGGCAUCUUUGCAGACGUGACCUCCCUGUCUCACCUGGCCAUAGGCGCCAAUCCCCUGUACUGCGACUGCCACCUGCGCUGGCUGUCUGGCUGGGUGAAGACAGGCUACAAGGAGCCGGGCAUUGCCCGCUGUGCUGGGCCCCCAGACAUGGAGGGCAAGCUGCUCCUCACCACACCGGCCAAGAAGUUUGAAUGCCAAGGUCCCCCGACUCUGGCCAUCCAGGCCAAGUGUGACCCCUGUUUGUCCAGCCCAUGUCAGAACCAAGGCACCUGCCACAAUGUCCCCUUGGAGGUGUACAGGUGUGUCUGCCCCAGUGGCUACAAGGGCAGAGACUGUGAAGUGUCCCUGGAUGACUGUUCCAGUGGCCCCUGUGAAAAUGGUGGGACCUGCCUGGCACAGGAAGGUGACGAUGCUGGCUUCACGUGUUCCUGUCCCACUGGCUUUGAGGGACCAACUUGUGGAGUCGACACAGAUGACUGCGUGGAGCACGCGUGUGUCAAUGGGGGCAUCUGUGUGGACGGCGUGGGCAACUACACCUGCCAGUGCCCCCUGCAGUACGCAGGAAAGGCCUGUGAGCAGCUGGUGGACUUCUGCUCUCCAGAUUUGAACCCAUGUCAGCACGAGGCCACGUGUGUAGGCACCCCAGAUGGGCCCAGGUGUGAAUGCACACCAGGGUACACAGGCGACAACUGCAGUGAGAACCAGGAUGACUGUGUGGACCAUCGCUGCCAGAAUGGGGCCCAGUGUGUGGACGAAGUCAACAGCUACUCCUGUCUCUGUGCCGAGGGCUACAGUGGACAGCUCUGUGAGAUCUCUCCCCGCCCACCUGCUCCAAGGAGCCCAUGUGAGGGGACUGAGUGCCAGAACGGGGCCAACUGUGUGGACCAGGGCAGCCGGCCCGUGUGCCAGUGCCUCCCAGGCUUCGGUGGCCCCGAAUGUGAGAAGUUGCUCAGUGUCAACUUUGUGGACCGAGACACUUACCUGCAGUUCACCGAUCUGCAGAACUGGCCUCGUGCCAACAUCACACUGCAGGUCUCCACGGCAGAGGACAAUGGGAUCCUGCUGUACAAUGGGGACAACGACCACAUCGCGGUUGAGCUGUACCAGGGCCACGUGCGUGUCAGCUACGACCCAGGCAGCUACCCCAGCUCUGCUAUCUACAGUGCUGAGACAAUCAACGAUGGGCAGUUCCACACAGUUGAGCUGGUCACCUUUGACCAGAUGGUGAAUCUCUCCAUCGACGGUGGCAGCCCCAUGACAAUGGACAACUUUGGCAAGCACUACACGCUCAACAGUGAGGCCCCCCUCUAUGUGGGAGGGAUGCCCGUGGAUGUGAACUCGGCUGCCUUCCGCCUGUGGCAGAUCCUCAAUGGCACCAGCUUCCAUGGCUGCAUACGGAACCUGUACAUCAACAAUGAGCUCCAGGACUUCACCAAGACACAGAUGAAGCCGGGGGUGGUGCCUGGCUGCGAGCCCUGCCGCAAGCUCUACUGCCUGCAUGGCAUUUGCCAGCCCAAUGCCACCCCGGGGCCUGUGUGCCACUGUGAGGCUAGCUGGGGGGGCCUGCACUGCGACCAGCCAGCCGACGGCCCCUGCCAUGGCCACAAAUGUGUCCAUGGGAGCUGUGUGCCUCUCGAUGCCCUUUCCUACAGCUGCCAGUGCCAGGAUGGGUACUCAGGGGCCCUGUGCAACCAGGCUGGGGCUCCAGCAGACCCCUGUGGGGGACUGCAAUGCCUGCACGGCCACUGCCAGGCCUCGGCCACCAAAGGGGCACACUGCGUGUGUGACCCGGGCUUUUCGGGCGAGCUGUGUGAACAAGAGUCCGAGUGCCGGGGGGACCCUGUCCGGGACUUUCACCAGGUCCAGAGGGGCUAUGCCAUCUGCCAGACCACGCGCCCGCUGUCGUGGGUCGAGUGCCGGGGCGCGUGCCCGGGCCAGGGCUGCUGCCAGGGCCUGCGACUGAAGCGGAGGAAGUUCACCUUUGAGUGCAGCGACGGGACCUCUUUUGCCGAGGAGGUGGAGAAGCCCACCAAGUGUGGCUGUGCCCUCUGCAUGGUGCCGCUGCUGGGGGCAGAGGGGGUGGGCGCGGCCCAGCUGCGGACUGCCUUCUCCGGAAGUGCCUUGCACAAAUAG